GGUGCUUGUAUGUUACUUAGGUACACACUAACGCACCUAAGUAACAUACAAUGUACACAAGGAGACGUACUAAGAUUUAUCAAGCCUUGUUGUGUAUUACGUCUGAGGAAUCUAUUACUUCUUUACCAGAUGUGUUAGCAAAUUGACUUAUAACAAUGAUUUUUGUGAGCUGCUUUCUUUAUGUUAUGAUUGUUUAAUUUUAGUUUUAAAAAUGAAUCGUAAUAAAUUUAAACCACUCGGUUUUUCUGGGUUUUCUUUGAAGAAAGAUUCUGCAGAUUCAAGAAAAGCUGCACCAUUUCAGCAAUUCGUUUCUUCUUCUGAAUCAUCUUUACCAAAAUUUCGUACUGAUGACAGUGAAAAAAAAUAUUUACAGGCAUCUGGUGCUAAUUUUACUGAGGAUGAUUUAUAUGAUCCUUUGAAUCCUACAACCGAGGAGUCUGAGCCUGAACCAGUAAAGCCAAAGAAAAAAAGAAAGAAAACUCGUUGGGAUGUUGAUGACGAAGUGAUGCCAACAAGACCGAUCAAUGUUCCACCACCUAAAAAGAUAACUAUAGAUGAUGAUUGUAUGUACCAAAAAGGUGCUGACAGUCCUGAACCUCAACGAAAAGUUGAGGAAUCCAGCGAUGAAGAUGAACUUGAUAAAUUUAUGGCAGGUGUGGAGGAAACCCUUGAGAAAGAGGAAGCCGAGUUAAAAUCAUCUCGAAAGAAGAAUGAAAAGCACAUGGCAUUUGAUGAGGAGGAUGACCAGGAAUCAUAUUUCAAUGCUCGUAAAGAUAUUCCACUCAUACCCUAUCCUGAAGAUGAAGACGAGAUUGAAUACGAUAGUGAUGGAAAUCCUAUUGCACCAGAGAGGUCAAAGAUUAUUGUGCCAUUGCCUCCAGUGGAUCACUUUGAGAUUGAUUAUCCAUCUUUUGAACGCAAUUUCUACGAGGAACAUAUGGAAAUAAGUACAUUGCCUGAAGCAUCAGUUGCAGAGUUGAGACGUAAAAUUAGUAUUAAGGUGAGCGGUUUUGGACCAGUGAGGCCAGCUAUAAGUUUUGCUCAUUUUGGUUUCGAUUCACAUCUGAUGGGUGUUAUAAGGAAAUCUGAAUAUUCAACACCUACUCCUAUUCAAGCUCAGGCAGUACCUGUUGCACUGAGUGGUCGAGAUAUUAUUGGCAUUGCCAAAACUGGAAGUGGAAAGACAGCUGCAUUUGUGUGGCCAAUGUUAGUCCAUGUAAUGGCACAAGCAGAAUUAAAACCAGGAGACGGUCCAAUAGCACUCAUAUGUGCACCAACUCGUGAGCUGUGUCAGCAAAUUCACUCAGAGUGUAAACGAUUUGGAAAAUGUUAUAAUUUGCGGUCUGUUGCAUGCUAUGGUGGAGGGAGCAAAUGGGAACAAACAAAGGCACUCCAACAAGGUGCUGAAAUAGCAGUUUGUACUCCAGGGCGACUAAUUGAUUUGAUCAAAGCAAAGGCAACCAAUUUUCUUAGAGUGACAUAUCUAGUGUUUGAUGAAGCCGACCGGAUGUUUGAUAUGGGUUUUGAGCCACAAGUUCGUUCAAUUGCAACCAAUGUUAGACCGGAUCGCCAAUGUUUACUUUUUAGUGCAACCAUGAAAAAAAAGAUUGAGUGGCUUUGUCGGGAUGUUUUAUCCGAUCCAGUUCGUAUAGUCGUGGGAGAACUUGGAGAGGCGAACGAGGAUGUUGUACAAGCCGUGGAAGUGAUGAGGAACGGACACGAAAAGUGGACGUGGUUGCUUAGUCACGUUGUUGAAUUCACUUCAGGAGGAAGUGUUUUAAUCUUCGUUACAAAGAAAACCAACAGUGAAGAAGUUGCAAAGAAUUUAAAAGAGAACGGACAUCAACUGGGUCUUAUUCAUGGUGAUUUUGAUCAGUUUGAGCGAAACGAUAUUUUAAAGAAAUUUAAAAACAGAGAGUUUCCAAUCUUGGUGGCCACUGAUGUUGCAGCACGUGGUCUUGACAUUCCAUCAAUAAAAACUGUGGUCAAUUAUGACGUAGCAAGAGACAUUACCACGCAUACACACAGGAUUGGAAGGACAGGAAGAGCAGGUGGAAAGGGUAUUGCAUACACGCUAAUCACAGCGCAAGAUACUCAUUUUGCUGCUGAUCUAGUCAGAAACUUGGAAGGAGCGAAUCAAAGAGUCCCUAAUGAAUUGUUGGAUUUAGCGAUGAAGAACCCAUGGUUCCGCAAAACACGUGCUCGGCAAAAUAAAAAAGCUGCAAAUAAAGAGUUCAAACCACGUGAUCGGCCAGGGUUAGGUCAUGAGGAGCCGAGUGGUGGCAAUGAUGAGGUAUCUCUAGCAGACGAAGAAGAAUUAACCGUUGGAAAUUCUGCCGGCAAACGACCGUCUAGAUCGUUGUUAACAUCGUAUUCAAUGUCGGCCUCUACCCUGGGAAAUAGUCGACUUGCGAACUUAAAGUCAGCAUUUAAGUCUGGAUACAACAGAUUUGCGAAGGCUUCGGAAUCUGGAUCCUCCACAAUGGAUGUAGGUGUUAAAGGAAGCACGGGGGAACAUUUUGAUCCCGCUAAUCAGCCGAAAGCUAUGCAAAAAUGGGAAAAUUAGAUGGUCUUUUCUUCUCCAAGAACUGAGAAAGAACAUAAUCAACACCCGUCUCUUUGAACGUUACACUUCGAGUUAUGGCCGACAUUUUAGAGGCUGUUGACACAUACAGUUGUUGCCAGAAGACGCGUAUGUUUCAAAAAAAUGAAAAGAUGUGACCAUGUGUAUGAUUUCGUACUGGUUAACAUCGUGCAUUUUAAGCCAUACAUGCGACAGGGGACAAAAUUUUUCAAAUAAAGUUGUCGACAAUUGUAAUUAUUUAUUUCCAUCAGAACUUUCAGUUUAAAGCGGAGCAUUUGAUAUAUCUAUUUCGUGUAAGUCACUCGUGUUCUACAAGUUUUGUUUGACACUUUCGUAUUGUUCAGUGUAAAUAAACUUAACCUUUUUUUAACUCGGUAUAAUAUGGUGUCAGAUUGCGUUUGUUACUUAUGCAGGGAAGUUUUUGCAGAAAAACAAAUACUUCGUUUUUUCGUUUUUAUGUGUUUUUAUGAGAUGGCAUGGCUCAAUAAAGAAUAUAAUUGACCACUGUAACAUUGCAGAAGAACUAGCAAUUUUUGUCCUGCGAAAAUUUCAGUCAAUAUGUGUAGAACAAUUGGGUAGUUAGAAUAUUUUGCGCUGUUUAACAUCUAUUCACAAAUCAAUACGUUAUUAUAUUUGAUAAAUGGGAUUUCUAUGGGUUUGGUUUAGAUUUGUACGUGUUGAACACUGAAAACAAAUCGUAUAUGUUUUCUCGA